AUGCCAGUCCCCGCACUGAUUGAGAAUUCUAAUCACCGUUCCACUAUCUACUCUCUCCGCAGCGGCCCAACCACCAUCACUAACGUAUCUCUUAUCCCAAAGCCAGUCCUAUCUCCGCACCUUAUCCCGUACCUAUUCCGAGAAUGGAAUGACUCUCAUACGACACGGAACCGAACGUGUACAACUGUUCCAAAAUCUGCACCAAACCUUACGCAUACAAAGAGCCUUGAGACGACACUGAACCUAACGGGUACAACUGUUCUUGAGACGCCACCGAACCUAACGGGUACAACUGUUCUUGAGACGACACCGAACCUAACGGGUACAACUGUUAUUGAGACGACACUGAACCUAACGGGUACAACUGUUCUUGAGACGCCACCGAACCUAACGGGUACAACUGUUCUUGAGACGACACCGAACCUAACGGGUACAACUGUUCUUGAGACGACACCGAACCUAACGGGUACAACCGUUCUUGAGACGCCACCGAACCUAACGGGUACAACCGUUCUUGAGACGCCACCGAACCUAACGGGUACAACCGUUCUUGAGACGCCACCGAACCUAACGAGUACAACCGUUCUUGAGACGCCACCGAACCUAACGGGUACAACUGUUCUUGAGACGACACCGAACCUAACGGGUACAACCGUUCUUGAGACGACACUGAACCUAACGGGUACAACUGUUCCAAAAUCUGCACCAAACCUUACGCAUACAAAGAGCCUUGAGACGACACUGAACCUAACGGGUACAACUGUUCUUGAGACGCCACCGAACCUAACGGGUACAACUGUUCUUGAGACGCCACCGAACCUAACGGGUACAACUGUUCUUGAGACGACACCGAACCUAACGGGUACAACCGUUCUUGAGACGCCACCGAACCUUACGGGUACAACUGUUCUUGAGACGACACUGAACCUAACGGGUACAACUGUUCUUGAGAUGACACCGAACCUAACGGGUACAACUGUUCUUGAGACGACACCGAACCUAACGGGUACAACUGUUCUUGAGACGCCACCGAACCUAACGGGUACAACUGUUCUUGAGACGACACCGAACCUAACGGGUACAACCGUUCUUGAGACGCCACCGAACCUUACGGGUACAACUGUUCUUGAGACGACACUGAACCUAACGGGUACAACUGUUCUUGAGAUGACACCGAACCUAACGGGUACAACUGUUCUUGAGACGACACUGAACCUAACGGGUACAACCGUUCUUGAGACGACACUGAACCUAACGGGUACAACUGUUCCAAAAUCUGCACCAAACCUUACGCAUACAAAGAGCCUUGAGACGACACUGAACCUAACGGGUACAACUGUUCUUGAGACGACACCGAACCUAACGGGUACAACUGUUCUUGAGACGCCACCGAACCUAACGGGUACAAACGUUCUUGAGACGCCACCGAACCUUACGGGUACAACUGUUCUUGAGACGAAACCGAACCUAUCGGGUACAACUGUUCUUGAGACGACACUGAACCUAACGGGUACAACUGUUCUUGAGACGACACCGAACCUAACGGGUACAACUGUUCUUGAGACGACACCGAACCUAACGGGUACAACUGUUCUUGAGACGACACUGAACCUAACGGGUACAACUGUUCUUGAGACGCCACCGAACGUAACGGGUACAACCGUUCUUGAGACGCCACCGAACCUAACGGCAAAAUCCAGUAUGAUAUUGAUAUAUGUUUCACGAGUUACUUCUUCUCAUCCCAAAUACGAUACAAAACUUUAA